AUGAAGACAGCGCUGCUCUUACUUGUUAAUAUUACGAAUGUGCUGCAAAAGCACAGCCCAUCUGAACUGCUAACGCUAAGUAUGGAACCAACUAGAUCGGCCACCUCAUUGGAAUUUGUCCCCGAAAAAGAAUCUACCCGCACGUCACUCGUUGAACCUGGUUCAGACACGACGAACAUAAGUGAUGUGUAUAUAGAGAAAAUGAAAACUAGGUUGAAUAUAUUUGAUCCAAUGAAUUCUUCGAAUGAAUUGGAUGGAAGGCGAACACUUAUCAGGGAUGAAUAUAGGCUGCGAAUGAAGUCGGCACCACAAACUUUAGUGCAGAAGACUGAAGAGAAAAAGGAUCCCAUCGAACGUAAGUUGGAGGAAAGUGAUCACAAGUUGCAGAAUCUCCUUGAAUUUGGUCAAGAGUUGGUAACGAAUGUGCAGGUUGCAAACGAGAAGCGCGAACAGAUGCGUCGGGCGUAUGAGAUUGAGCGCAGCCGAGUUCUUAAGAAUGAUCUCGAAAAGGAAUCUAUUGAAUCGAUAGCUCGCUUCAAUGAAAUAGCUUCUAAAUGGUCGGAGCUUGAGGAAUUCAAAGAACCGAUGGCCUUAUUUGAGCAUUUGGAAGGGCAAAAGAAAAAAGUAGAGGCGUUAAUGGCGAGCAAGGAUAACCUAAUCGGUCAGUGUCAGAGAGAGAUUGAUCGCAUAAAUGCAAAAUACUAUGCCGAUCAGAUGGCUGAUGCGAAUGACGUCCGCUGCUUGGUAGAGCGUAUCGAUCGUCAAAUCGAAGUGAUUAAAAUGGCUUACAAAAGUCAUUUGGAAAUAUUAGAGAAUACUAUUAACGAGCAACGGCAAACAAUCGCCGUUACAGAAGCUAAUAAAUGGAGUAAGUUCUACGCCGAUAUGGAAGAAAGCGAGAAAACGAAAUUCGAUCUCGCAAAACAGAAGGAGGAGUUCUAUGCGGCAGAGAUAGCACGUAUAACUGCGGUUCAAAAGGAGUUAACAAGCAGGACGCGUAUACGACUCGAAAAGGAGGCCGAAAUGUUGGAGUGGGAAUUACGAAAAGUACGCAACACGGUGCUGAUGAACUCCGAAAAGUUGGACUACAACUAUCAGGUACUGCAAAAACGCAAUGAAGAAAAUGUAGUCAUUAGCAAUCAACAAAAGCGUCGACUAGCCAAGCUUAAUGAGAAUAUUGCUUCGCUUAAACUCAAAAUCACCACUAUAAAUGAACAACACCAAACACAAUUGCAACGUUCUGUGGCUGAAAUACAUAAGCUACAUAAGAGUAUAAGUGAGCUCGAGGUAAAGGCCCAGCAGUUUCGUGCAAACAACAAACGAAAAUUCGAUCUUGUGUGGGAAAUUAACUUCAAAGAAUUAAAAGAACUUUUGACGAAAAUCUACAAAAUCGAUGGAGUACUAUACGAGCAACAACUGGCAAUGCCUUGGUCCAUGCCAGAGCUCGAUUUAGCUGACAUUAAUGAGAUAUCAAAUAAAGAGCACAGAAGUUCUCUAAAGGCAAUGAAACGGCGAAACACCAUCGUACCUCCUCGCUCACUGGAGCGGAAAGUAGAGACCACUUUUGUUCGCAAUAUUUUAAGAAAGAUAGCUGAUCGCGCAGGAUUUUUGAUUGAGGAGAAACUAUUCAAAAUACUGGAACCCUACUCGGAGAACGAUAAAUUCAUCGUGCGUCUCGACAACAUUUUCAUAGCCCUACGUGUUGAUAAUGUGAAGAUGAUCUCAACGCUGACCGAAUGUUUUCUACCAUAUGCUUAUUGCCCCAAUUGUUCUGAAGGCUUGCCAAAAAAAGCCAUGCAAGAUUUUUAUAGGAUAGGGCGGGAGUUUGAGGAUUUGGUUUCUACGGACGAUAGUUCGAGCGAAAUGCCCACAGAAGGCAGUUUAGAGUCGCAUGAUUUUAUUGAGAAUGAAUAUGAGAAAAACUUUGAAAAAUUAAAAGAGCGGCCAUCUUGUAAAAAUCAUUAUUUAGUUAUAGAACCAGUGUUUGUGCUUACGGCACUAAACGAUUUCACUAAACGACAAAUGCAGAAUGAGAUGACCUAUAAAAAAUCUCUGGAGACGAAUGAGUUACUCUGUAAUACCAUUUCACUCGACCAUAAUACUAUUAAGUCAUUCUGGAGCAAAUUCAAAGUAUAUUUUCCACAAGAGAAACGCAAGCUAUGGAUUACUUUGGAACAUGGUCUGAAUCAUUAUGUAGAGGUGCUGAAACUGCGCACCAAACUCGAUGAGGAAUGUGCCUUCUUGCGCAGACAAAAUAUGGAAUUAAAGCAUUUAUUGCAAAAAUUUACGGUAUGA